AUGAUAUCCUUUGUUAAUUUGUUAGUCCCAUUUAGAUAAGCACACAGACUUUCAAGACUUAACAUUUACAAUCAAAGACGAGUUUUGUACAAUUUCUGUAGUGAGAACAAGAAAGCAGAAGAAAUAGAGAAAUAACCAUCCUUAGUUAUAGAUAUUUUGCACACAGUCAAAGAUUCAGCUAUUGGUUCGGCUUCGAAAAUAACAGAGAAGGUGAAAGGAUCAGCUCUCAAAUUUAAAACAGAUGCUAAUCAGAAUUAGGAGACAGGCAUAGGAAAAACAUGUUUGAACAUGGCGAAAUUGGCUUGGAGAAAAACAUUUCCCAGUCAUGAUGACGAAGUAAAGGCAAGAAUGGAAACAGUUAAGGCAAAGUUAGCAGAGAGAAAGAAGGAAGAGGAGAAAUUGGCUUAAAUGACUGAAGAAGAAUUGGCAGCAAUUUAAGAGAAAAUUCCAGAAUGGAAAAGAAAUGCCAUCCAAGCUACUGAUGAAGGUUCAAGUGAAGAAGCAUCUCUCAAAUCCAAAAUUGCUCAGAAGAUUUAAAGUAGACUCAAGCAGAGUGAACAAGGGCAACAUUUAGUCAACAGUGACGCCUAUAAAGAGUACGUAACAUUCAAGGCAGAAUUGAAACAAUUCAAGGCUGACUUAUCUGAUAGAAUCUAAAAUCAUCCCAGCAAUUUCGUUUAGGUCUCUCUGUAUGCAGCAAAAACAGUCACUAAUGAAAGCGAUGUUGCCAGAGCCAUCAAAUAAAUGAGAAUGAUCGAUCCAGACUUCGAUUUAUACGAAUUGGAAAAGGAAGCAAAGGUGAUCUUCGAAUAAAUCUAUAACCUAUACUUGUUAGGAGAGUUGGAGUCCCUUUAAAAGGUAUGUGGCGAAGCAGCUCUCGGAUACUUCAAAGUGUUAUUGAAAAAAUAGGAAGCUGAAAAAUCUGAACCUAAACACAAGCAAUUGUGGAAUGUCGAUGAAAUUAGAUUCACAAGAGCUAGCAUACCUGAUUCUGUCAAAUUGCCUGUUUUUGUAUUUACAAUCAAAACCUAAGAAAUCUUUUGUUAUGUUAGCAAGACUGAUAGAUCGAAAAUCGUAGAUGGAGAUGAUGAGAGAAUCAUGUCUAUGGACUACUAAUUUGCAUUGACUCCACAUUCAAAUCCUUCUUCUGAUGAGUUUGGCCACAUUUGGGAAAUGAUCGAAUUGUAACCAUAAUAGGUUGUUAAAAUGCUUGUUUGAAUGCUAUGUUAUAUAUAUAUAUAUUUUUAAUAAACAUACCUAUUAA